AUGUCCGCACACAUCGGAUCAUUGCCACGUUCCUCGUCGCCAUGGUCCGACGACACGCCAUUCGUCGAGCGUGAACAAACUAUUUGCUCAGAUUUCACAUGUUGCGGGCUGUCUCUUAGAGACCUUCACUCAUUGGUGGAUCACUUUGAGGAAGCACAUGUCGUAGUGUUCGACAGCGCCGGGAAUGCUGUGUACCCGAACCCUAGCCCGAUACUUCGCGUUCUAGAUCAAGAGAACGAGGGACCUUACAUGAGUUUUGUGUUGGGUUAUCCUGCACCAAGGGCUCCUGUGGCGUUUCUUGAACCGGGAUCUUGUUUCGAAUCUGUGUCUCGAUGGUCUUCGCCCUCUAUCAGUUCAGAGCCGAUCAGUCCUAUAGAGACGAGUUCAGAAGAAUGUCUACCACAAAACUCGUUCGCCAAGGUAAAGAGCAAACCAGUUCGCACUGGAAAACGGGUCCAUCGACCUCGUCAACGAAAAAAAGACAAGACUUAUAACUGUCCUCGCCCUGAUUGCACCAAAGGACUUGUAAAAAUGAGAUACCGAUGCCGGAGUUCUACCGCUAGUCCAAGGGAUUCCUCCGCACCGAAGCAGACCGCUCAGUACCCCACACUUGGAAUCCGCGGGAAUUCAGGGUCAAAUCUACUACUACAAACCCCGGUACUACAGCCAAUGCCAGAAGCGGCUGUGUUAGCGUACAGUGUAAUGUACAUAUACUAA